AUGUCUGACUACGGCGGCGGAGAUGACGAUGCUGGCUUCAAACGCCGCAACAGCGAGCCCGAGGUGUACGACGACAUUUCGGAGCCCGGCGAGCCCGAGCCCUACUAUGAGGACGAAGACGUCGCCGGCGGCCACGAGGACCCCGACCAGCGCCGCGCUGAGGGCGAGAACAUCGUCGUGUCCGGCGACGCGAGCGCCGCUGCCCAUGCAAAGAUCACGAAUACCGUCGCCGACCAGAGCAGGAAGCGCAUCCCUGACGACCAGCGCUCUACUACGCCGUACAUGACCAAGUACGAGCGCGCCCGCGUGCUGGGCACCCGCGCUUUGCAGAUCAGCAUGAACGCGCCGGUGCUGGUUGAUCUCGAGGGCGAGACGGACCCGCUCCAGAUUGCGAUCAAGGAGCUUCGCGAGAAGAAGAUCCCGCUGGUCGUGCGCAGGUACCUUCCGGAUGGCUUCUACGAGGACUGGACCUGCGAGGAGCUGCUGUAA